UACAAGUGGCGUGAGGGGCUCUUUCCUUGGCAGGAACAUCUCUAGCACAAUAACGUCUGCAUCCCAUUUGGGUGUUAAAUUUUCAUAGGUCUGUCUGGUACUACGUAGGCAGGCCUGUUUGGCCUAAAUCUCCAAAGCUGCUUGUAUUCAAGUGGAGCUUAGCUGCUGAAUCCAAAUUGUGACUGUACGUCUGCUAGAAGUACAUCAUCGCUCAUUUGGGUGUUCAAAGUUUAAAAUCUGAGCUUUUCUGGGGGAACCAUUAGAACACCGUUGUGGAUUGGUGUUAACUUCCAUAGGUCGGACGUUCAUUAUGCAGUCCUUGAGGUCAGUCCGAUUCUUUCUGCUUUAAGCUGUACCUGACAAGUGUAAGUAGUCCUGUUUGAAGAUGCUGAACCCGACCUAACCAGUUGGCUGCCUGCUCCAGAGUCUUGGAAACUAAUUCAGCGUUUGCUUCGGUGUCUCCAUGGUUGCAGUGUUGUGUAUAGUAGGCCAUUAACCGGGAAAACUGGUAAUCAGAUCUCUGUGAAGCAGAAUCUCCGCCUGCAACAUAAACAUGGAUCAAGAGCUCAAGCAUGGAGUGCUGAAGACCAAACAAGAGGGGCAUCCUUCUCCAAGACAAACAGUUCUGGCCACCCAAUGGGAUUCUGUGAAGUCAGUCUCCGAGGGCUUGGCCCAAGAGAGGGCGUACCAACAGCAACACAUGCAUAUUGGCUACCAUGAUCAAAACAGAUAUGUACUGCCUCUGAAGGAGAAUACUGACAACUUACAGCACUUUGAUGGAGAGGAUGAAGAUACAAGUGACAAAGAAACUGAAGAUCUUAAGGUUUAUGAUAGCCUAGAAGUACCAUCACACCCUCCUGCAAAGAGGCACCCCACCCUCUUACAGACUGAAUAUUUGGAUACACAAAUAGAUGAAAGACAGGGAACUAGCCAGCUGCUGUCUUAUGAUGCCUAUUCUGACCUGCGCUAUGACCCCAACUGGAGGACCAACCUAAGGAGAAGCGGCCACUUCCAUGGGAGUCCGCUGAUUUCCGAGGAAUAUUACCAAGUCCCUGAGGAUAAAUCUAGACAGUCACGUGCUGACAGACAGGGACUCAAAAUAAAUGGAGGCUAUGCAUACAUUGACACAAGUUCAGCAAUUGUGGUGACUCCUCAGAAGACUGACAGUGAGUCUGCCCAGCCGUACCACCUGCACCCGCAAGAUGGUCAGACUAGCUCAGUAACAUCUCCCCACUGUCAUGACCAUGCUUUUCAACUUAGAUCACCCGAAGUUGACCUUUUAAGGUCACCCAGCUUUUCCACGAAAAAUGAGAGUGACAACACUUUACAGAGAGGAUUCAGAAAGAAACGUGAGAAUGGCUAUGACGGUGCUGGUGAAAAUGUUAGCAGGGCUUCUGAGCUGACAGGAGAUCUACGUGCAGUAGAACUGAGACGCACAAAAGGAGGAACCAUUGAAGCACAGAAAAUGAGCGCAUCGACCUUGGCAAAUCUUAAGGUUAUAUCAAACAAAAAGCUAGAAAGACAGAAGGAGGACAUAGUGGAACGCAACAAAAUAACUCUAGGGCGCAACACGUCCAGAAGUGGCUCCUAUGUGAGGGUGCACACACACAAGCAGGAGACCCUUCAUAAUGUGAAUAAGGCGCAUGACUCUUCUAAAGAAACGGCCAGCACAGAAAAUCAAGAGGAUAGCUCAGAUCCUGAGCUAAUGUGGCUCCAGAAAACACAGCAGUUGCAGCUCAUCAAAGGGAAGAAAGCCCAGUGGAAAGAAUAUCCCAGCCGCUCUCGACAACAGCAGCCCCCUGCUCCAGGGGUCAAAGCUGAGCAGGAAGAAUGUUUGAGCUCACCAUUAGCAAGGCUUCCUGCUGUAACUCAGCCACAACCUCCGACAACCACUUCAACACAGCCCUUGCCCCCCACCAUCCACCUCAGCAUCAGUCUCAACACUUCAUCCCAGCUUCUUUCCUUGCUCCAGCAGAAGGGCCAGGAUGCCACCAUCAGCUUAGCAUCUCUUCAUGGUCAUCAUCCUUGGAGCCUUGAAUCCAAAGUACAACCAUCCUUGUCCCAAGGGUAUCAACAAACAGAUCCAGGAAAGAGCACCCACAUGUCUGGGGAAUGGCUAAAUGCCGAACGUCACCACCGACACCUGGACAGUAGCCCUGAACAGUGGCAAAGGACAAGUGCAUUAAAUGCGCCGCUGUCUUAUGAAGGAGAGGACCAGAAUUGGAGUCCAAAUGAGGUUCACACUAAACUUCCACAAAACUGCCGCUGGACACCCACUAAUACUUUGUCACACAGCCCACAUUCUUACGCAGUUCUUCCAGCUAUAGGAAAGCCAGUGACAGGAAAAGAUCCUGAGCUAAGCCCUGGUCAGUGUGUGAAGACAACCUACCCCCUCCAUGGCAACACCUCUAACAGCUACCUGCUGCAGAUGGAGAAACAGAAGCAGCUGAGGACAAGAGUUACUUAUAAGGCAUACUCUCUGAAAGACUACAAGCAGUUGAACCUAGAUAUAAAUCUGCGAGGUCUGGGUCCUGACUAUGCAGCCAUUGAAAAGACAUCACACUCCCCUCUCACUAUUUCACCAUCAUCAUGCUGAGAAAAUGAAGCGACAGAAGCUGUAUUCAAAUGUGAUCUGUGAGCAGAACAAAAAGAUAAGUAGGAUUCCCUUUCUUCUGCCUAAGGACCCGGAAGGCCAUGACAAGAAAGUUCCCAGGAUUAAGGCCUUGGAAUAUGCCAAGACUAUAGCCAAACCCCCUGUACAGUCUCAACCAAAGCAGAAACAGAAACACCCGUCUGGAGGCUUCACUGACGAUGAUCCUUACUUGGAGGAAUUGGACGUGUCCCAGCUGGCCACGCUGGGACUCCUUAGGAAACGGCAUGAAGAAGAAAAGCAGGCUGUGGCAGUCUUCAAAAACAUACACGCUGUUUGAGGUUGCUGUUCGUGUAAACAGUCCAUGGAACCCAUGUUUAUACUCCCAGGCCUAGGAGACGUGGGUCACAACAUGCCGCUUCAUUACAUUAGUUAGGCCCGGUGUCAUAUCAACAAAUCAUUCAUACAUAUACUUUUAUAUGCAUUACUCUUUCAUGCACUGGAAAUAUAGAUAAUCUUUGAAAAGCCUGACAGCCUCAGCCAGUGCCUUGUGUUACUUUGAACACUGUGCUACCAGGUCAUGUUUUACAUUGGAUAGCUUUGGUGCACACAUAGAGGGCGCUGUUCUCUGAGCACAGACGGACAUAAAAUGUCAAAGUUUCUGAGGAGGAUAGAGGAGAAAAGAGGGAAGCUUGUUGAUAAUGACUAACGUUCUUGCCCUCUACAUUAAAACCAACAAAAAUUUUUUUGUCAAAAAGCAGUUAAAAAAAUACAUAACAAACACAUGCACAUACUGUAUGCUUUGUAUCAGAAUGUUAACAUGGUUGGAAAAAUAUCUGGUUUUUGCUCUGAAGAAGAACACAAGCAGUAGCGUCCACAGACAGACACUCCCAGUGAGCUCGACCAUGGUCUAAUUUGCUUUAGGUAACUCUCUCAAUGUUCUGCAGUUAAUAUGAAGUACACUAUGGCAAAAAAUAAACUAAGUACUCACAUUGUUUCCUGAUGUCUGAACAGUUGAUGUCAUAAUGACACAGUGUCAUGUCUGGCAGAGAUGAUAGGCUGUGCUGUGAGCUCUUUGGUCAAGCAAAGAAAGCAGGCUGAUUGCCUCUUGUUGUCCCUUCAGUUUCCAGGAAGCAUGAUUAUAGUAGGCCUAGUGGAUACCCCACUCCGUUACUUCUACAAUAACUCAGCUUAUGUACUUCUCUAAGUGUCUGGUUUCCUGGAAUGGAUAAUGCUAAUAUCAAGAAUAUACAGUACAAAUGAUUUCUGGUGUUUGUGUUGCCCAUAGAUUCCAGAGAAAUGCCACCAGUAUAUUUACAAUGGUCAGUUUGUAACUUGGAUUUUGGAAUUUGUUUUUGCACUAAUCCUGGCAGUCACAUUAGACUUUUGUCAAAGAGAAGCCUCAGUAGAACUCAUUCUCAAAACUGUCACCAAGACAUAUUAGAUAAAGUGAAAUUAAUUUU